GCUAUAACGUGAUGUCCUACACGUGUUCAAAACAAACAACAAAGUGCUGAGUCACCAGAUGGAACGGAACGAGUCAGUCGUUCAAAGUCCAGCUGAAUAUAUCACAAGGUGUUCCUCUCAUGAUUAUUUGAUGUCUUUCGAGGUCAUGGUCUGUUGUCGGCUUGAAAACUGAAAUAUGUUUGUUCCUGUUUCUGAUGGAAUGGUGGAACGACAUUACAUCGAAGCCAGACUUCUGGCGGGAUGAAGCAUGGCGCUCCGCAAGCUAAUCGUCCACAGUUUCAUAAAAUCGUUUAUCAACAUAGAAAGGAGGACAUCAGUUGUCGUGGCAUUCAGACACUCGCUGACCACAAUGGCCGGUCCGUCGCUUCAUGUUAGCCAGUCGGAAGUACUUGUGGAUGAGAAAGUACGUGUGACCGUCAACGGUCUUCACAGAAAUCAGAAGGUUACCUUGCUGUCGACGUUGGUUGAAAACAACAAGAACUUCGCAUCCUGCGCUCACUUCGUGGCGGAUGACCACGGCCAUGUUGACACCUUUGUCCACCAUAGUCUCGGAGGAACUUACUCAGGUUUACAACCAAUGGGCUUAUUCACAACCACACGGGAACCGUUUGGGACAUCCAGAUUAUUAAAACUAGAUGUCACUACACCGUAUGACGUCACACUGUCCGUACACGAAGGCCACAGGGAAUUUGCACCCCUGGCUCGAGAAUAUGUGCAGUCACACUCAGCUCUCGCUAUGACGUCAUUCAAACGAUGGUACAUGAGACCCGGCGUCAAGAAAAUUCUUAUUGAAGAAGACGGAAUCCACGGGGCGCUGCUUUUACCACCAGGUGACGGUCCGUUCCCUGGUAUUGUGGACGUGUUUGGUAUGGCGGGGGGCAUCUUGGACUACAGAGCGGCGCUCCUGGCAUCACAUGGAUAUGCUGCCUUCUCUCUGGCUUACAUCGCCUAUAAAGAUCUUCCAAGCAAUCCAAAGGACAUGAAUAUAUCUUAUUUCCUGAGAGCCGUUGAAUGGUUUGCUCGUCAGUCUGAGGUUGCCCCCGGUGGCGUCGGGAUGAUCGGGCACUGUAUUGGGGGUAGCCUGUGCAUCAUGACCUCAACACUUUCACCUCAUGUGAAGGUGUUGGUAAGCACAAACGGCAACCCCUUCUUGAUGCUCACCGAGGAUAUUUACAUUGAUGACAUUAAAGUGCCCGGGACCCAUUUCGACGUGGCAAAGUGCACAUUCACUGACGAAGGCGUGAUGCAGAAAGAUGCGUUUAAAGAAUACAACAUUAAGGAUCAUAUUAUACCGAUUUGGCGGCGAGAUGUUAAGACUUUGAUAGUGGUUGGGGAAGAAGAUCUGUGUGUUGACGCUCAGUGGCAGCAUGACCUUGAAGAAGUUGUACCACGUGAUAAGAAGACGAACUUCCGGUUUGUAUACUACCCGGGGGCAGGUCACCUGAUUGAGCCGCCAUAUUCUCCACUAUGCAAGGCGUCAUAUAACAAAAUACUUAACGUCACUCACCUGUGGGGCGGGGAGGAAGAGUAUCACCUGCCGGCCCAGGAGGACGCAUGGCGAGAGAUACUGACGUUCCUCAAAACACACAUGACUCCGAAAUCUCACUUGUGACACUUGUGAUCAGUUCAAAUCAGGUCUUGGUCCAAAUCAGGGCUCAGUUAUUACAGAUAGUCAGCUAAAGAUAUAAUAUUUCAGAGUCGUUGCGCAGGACUAUUUUAAAGCUGUUUCACAAUGAUCGUUUAUUUGGGUAAUGUUAAUUGAUGUGUUAAAUUUACUGGAAGAUAUAUCAGGAUAAUUCAUGGAAUCUUUUUGAAUGGAUAAAAUAAAGGCCGUGAAGGGUGUUAUGAAGGCUUCUACUCCAUAAUGAGUAUCCUCAGUGUAACAUUUCUUACUGGAGGAGGGGGCACGGGUGGCCCAGUCGUCUCCUGAGGCGCCGUGAUUCGUUGUGCAGAGUCGCGUCCCUUGGGCACGCCAGAAACCUAUGAUCGUGGGUUCGAA